AUGGGCAGCAUCGGAGACAGCAGGCUAGCCCACAGACAGACUCCAAGAUCUGACAACAUCCGCGACGUUUUCUUCUUUGCACAUACGCGAACAGCUUCACACGUCCUGUGCCGCCUACUGUCCAAACAGCCGGGAUGGAACCAAUCAAAUUACCACUUCUUCCAUACAUUUGAAUGGGCUCGCAAAACCUUUGGCUUUGGCCCGGCUAGUGGCAUAUCGCCGCAACAUCAGAAGGAGCUGGAGAGACGCCUUCAAGAGGCAUUCGAUGAGAUUCAGCGUGCCAGAAGCUCUGCAGCCGAGGAGAACCGAUGCAUUCUCCUCAAGGAGCACACAUUCUAUAUAUGGGAACCUGCCAGACUGCUACAAAGCAUGUGGGGCGGUCCAUCGAAGCAGCCGUCUUUUACGGUCAUUGAGAAAGAAUCUGGAGAUGUUCUGGAUAUCGUAAAGACAAAUCCAACAAUCUUCCCAGACAGCUUCCUGAGGUCCUGGAGACCGAUCUUCCUGAUACGACACCCGGCCGUAUCAUUUGAAUCCUGGUAUCGGGCAGAGAGUGGCGCUCAACACGUUGACAUCACCGACAAGUCGUGGGCUUUCUACACGACUUUCAGGUACCAACGAGAGCUUUACGAUUGGUUCUUGACGAAUCAGACGGAUGCACAAUCGGUACCACUUAUCAUCGAUGCAGAUGAUAUGCUAGAAGACCCUACAACUAUCAACAGGCUGUGUGAGCUGCUCAACAUGGAUCCGACGCAUGUCCCUAGCACGUGGAAUGCUGUCGAGCCCGAGGAGAAUGCGAGCAAAAGAACGAUGAGAUUUAUGGGAGGUUACUGGGAGUCUACUACUAUCGACAAAUCGAAGAGUUCAAGGGGUCUUGAUAUCGCGAAGAGGUAUGUGUUGUGGCAGAACGAGUUUGGUACGGAGGUGGCAGAUGAGCUUUUGAGGCUUGUGGAGAAAGCUACGGCGGAUUACACGUAUCUGAAGAGUAGGAAAAUUUGA